AUGCUCAUAUCAACGAAGAGUCCACCAACAGUUGAUCAAGUUUCAAACAGAUAUGAUCAGAAGAAGAAGUCAUUGACUCCUGCUGAACAACAAAGAGAGCUGAUCAAGCAAAGAAUCCGCCGAAUUCAUGAAGAACGGCGUAUACGUUCGAUAAAAUUCGCCAAGACAAUACGAGUGACGCUGUAUUUCUUGCUCGGAAUCGGUUCGGUAGUACUCAUUCUAUUGGCUGUACUUGUCAUAAUGAUGCUUGGAUCGUCACAAUCAAAAAAGGUAAACCAAGAGAUUCUUAGAAAAAACUGCUUGAAGAAGCCUUUUUGUUACUGUUCCUAG